UUAUGCUUAAGUGGUCAGUCAUUAAGGCGUGCGGCUUUGAUCCGGCUGCAGCCUCACGCGCCAAGUGAAUCCAAGUUGAGGCGCUGAACAGAAAAUGAGUCCCGAGGGCGUUGCUGUGGGUGCUGCUCUGCUGCCCGUUCUUGUUGGUGGCGUCAUCGGCGCUGGGGUGGGAACGAUGCUGCUUUAUGGUGGCGCUAUCGAGGCUGGCGAGGCGGAGAACAUCUUUGCUGAGGAGGGUGGUGAGACCAAGGCCGCUGCUCACUCUGCGUACGAAAGCCUGAAGCAGGACACGGGUGCUAAGGUGACUGCUGCUUCGGCGUACGAGCGCCGCAAGGGGCUCAGCCGCGGCUUUGCGGCUAUGUUCCUCUGAGUCAGCUGGGCUAGGAGUGGGUAACCCUGGUGCAGCGGGCGGCAUCACGGCAGCGCUUGGAGUCCUGCGCCUUUGAUAGUAUAUUGCGCUGGUUUGGGGCAUGGAAGAGAUUUUUAGCCGCCCGCUGGACCAGUCCGGGGAUGGCGCGAGGGAUGUGAAGUUCGCCUGGCUGGCUCGCUUUCUUCUGCCAGGGGUACGAGGGUGGCUGUUAGGGGAGGCGAUCCAAAUGAUUGCAUGGAGUGCCGCAAGCUGCUGGCCCAGCUGCCUGCUCAUGUCAUUAAAGUUAAUAGCCAGGGGUUUAAGUCGGCGUCCAAGUUUACAGGCGAAUAUCGAACUCUUCUAAGGGCUUCCCAGUCAAGGAAGCGCAACUAGCCCACUAUGUUGGAAUGUUGCAUGUGAAGUAACGCCGCAACAUCUGAGUACCGUGUAAGCGCCGUUGAAUCCAAAA